CAUCAAGUGUCACUGUCAGUAAAACGUCAACUGUCAUUGAAAAGCAAGGGGAGCCAUAAGGGUUCUUUUUUUGCUAAUUUUGUGUUCAGUUUGGGGAGUGCCUGAGAUUGCAUAGUAAAAAGUAUAUCAAAACACUAGUAAAAGUUUUUUAGGAUACGUUUAAAAUGGACGAUCCAUCAAAAACCCGAGCGCGUUGCUUCUUUGACGUGACUAUAGGAGGGCUAAGCAGUGGCAGGGUUGUUUUUGAACUUUUUACGGAUAUAUGCCCUAAGACUGCCGAAAAUUUUAGGUCCCUUUGUACUGGUGAAAAGGGACUCGGUAAAGAGACAAACAAACCUUUACAUUAUAAGGAUGUUGUUUUCCAUAGAGUUGUUAAAGACUUUAUAAUACAAGGUGGUGACUUUUCUAAUGGCAACGGAACAGGAGGUGAAAGUAUCUAUGGAGGAACCUUUGAGGAUGAAAAUUUUACCAUUAAGCAUGAAAAACCUUUGCUGCUUUCAAUGGCUAAUAGAGGAAAGGAUACCAAUGGGUCCCAAUUCUUUAUUACAACACAACCGGCCCCUCACCUCGACAAUAUUCAUGUGGUGUUUGGAAGAGUGGUUAGUGGAGCAGAUGUGAUCCGCCAGAUUGAAAAUUUACCUGUGGAUGCCAACAGUAGACCCCUACAAGAUGCCAAGAUUGUGAAGUGUGGGGAACUCGUGAGACAGACUAAGGCCAAGAAAGAGAAGAAGAAAUCAAAGGAAGAAAAUGAAAACAGUGGAUCGGAUGUAUCUGGAAAAGAAGCUGUAAAGGAGAAAAAAUCCAAAAAAAAGAAGAAGAAAUCCAAGGACAAGAAAGGUGACAAAGAAAAGUCAGACCAAGAAGCCAGUACAGAGGAAGAAGAUGAUGACGAAGAGGGGGAAGUAAAAGAGCCUCAUUGGCUGGCUACUGUGACUGACAUAAAGCCUGAGGAAAUUCCAGAAGUUCCCAGCAAUAAAUUUUUAAUGAGAGGCCCGCCCAAAGGGAAAGAUAAGGAAAAUAGGGACAAAGACAGGGAUAGAAAGAGAGGCGAUCGCGAAAGGGGCAGAGACAGGUAUGACAGAAAUAGGGAUGAAUACCAUAAUGGUGGUAAUUUUCGGAGAAGGAAACCUGUAGUUACUACUAAAAGUGGAAGGAUUAUUAAAGGAAGGGGAAGAUUUAGAUUUCACACUCCGUCAAGAAGUCGCUCCCGCAGUGUCACCCCCAUCCAUUGGAAGCAGGAGGAGAGAAGGAAAAUUAAAUUUUCUGAGCUGGAACGAAUCGAAGCUGAAAAGAAGAAGAAAGAGCAAGAGGAUGCGAAUAAUUUCUUGCUGAUUUCACGUAAACGCCACCGUUACGAUACAACAGCGACACCUCCCACGUCUCCUCCAAGGCGUUCGAAUAUCUAUAAACAGGGUGAAGUGAAUGACUAUAACGCCUUAGAUUAUGAAGAGAACCAGUCUGAAGAAGAGGUGCAUAGAAGGGAUGUACCCAGUUUGGUUCAGUACCCUCUUCCAGGAGCAUAUAAAGAGUUUAAGGCCCCCGAAAAGGAACGACGCAAUGAAAAAUCCGACGAGAAAGAACCGCCGAUAGUAAACGAAAGAUCGGAACUUUUGGCGAUGGCUCUCGGGGUGCAAGUGAAAACCGGAGAUCCGUCGGAGGAGGAGGCGGUCUUUAGUGGUUACGCUAAAAAGCAAUUGCAGCUACAGCAACAGGAAGAGAUGCAAAAUCCCCAUCUUACCAAGCUUGACCAAAUAAACGCUCGACUUGCUAAAAUGGCCAAUCAAGAGGCACCGAGGCGCAACCAGAGAUCCCGAAACGGUGACUAUAACGAAAGAAGUCACCGAAAUAAGUUUGAAAUUGAAAAACCUGCUGUGGAUCGAGAGAGAGGGGAUUACGAUUCGCACCGUAAUGGUCGCCAUUAUGAGAACAACGUGAGGCCGAGAAGACCGGAUGCGCCAAGAAGUCGGGUACAAGUGGUUCAGAAAGAUUCUCAGCCUCCUCAACAAUCGAGAGAUGAUAGCAGAAGGGAAAAAGACUCGGAUAAACGUACUUAUCAUAGGGACGGUCGGAGACAUCGGUCUGGAUCGAGGGACAGGCAUCACAGAAGGAGUAGUGGCGAUAGAAGGAGGAGCGAAGAACGACACAAAAGACGCUCAGAAGAAAGAUCCAGAACGGAAAAAACUAAAGACAUCUCCAAGAAGCUCGAGGACAACGAGGCGGAGGAAAAAUACAAAAAACUUUUGAUUUUACGUAAGAAAAUGGAACUGCUGGAACUGAAAAAGAGGAAAGAGGAGGAGCAGAGACUACUGGAAGAAAAACAACGCAAAGCGAUGGAAGAACAGGAGAUGCUAGAGAGGGCCAAGAAGGCCAAACGCGAAGCGAUCGAAAAGGAAAAAUUGAUGAAAACCAUGAAAGUUUUACAGCAAAUUGAACAGAAAGCGCCCGCUAGAAAGAGAAGGAGCUCUAGUUCUUCGUCUAGUAGCAGUAGCAGCAGCGAUGACUCUAGAACAAGAAAAAGGAAAAUUAGCAGUCGUAAGUCCCGAUCUCGAUCCAAAGGUAGAUCGAGGCGAAGAUCGUCUAGCUCCAGUUCGAUUUCUAGCUCAGACUCUUCCAGGGACAGGAGAGUAAGAAAAAGGAGGCGUUAAUCAUAUAAUAAUUAUUGGAUGAUUACUUUUAUAUAUUGGGUAUGCUUAAUAGGUUCGGUAUAAGAGUUAUAAUAUGUAACAAAUACAUAUUUUCAUUUUAUCAACACAUAUGGUAAAAAGUACUUUAUUUUACGGAAAAAAAAUACACAACUAUUGUUACUUUAUUUUCUUUUUGGUCCUCAGUAAUAUGUUUAUUGUCAUGUCAUGUAAUGUAGAUGUAAGUCGGAUAAUCAAAUAAAGAUUUUUUUCUGUA